ACCACCAAAAUGGCCAAACUCAAUGCCGGUAUGUUUGGUUUUUUUCCCCUCAGAAGGGAGUACAGAUUACAAGGAUUACGGUCGAGUUGAAGGUUUGGCUAACCUUCGACGCUGUGAUGGAAAUUAGGCAUCUCCGCGUCCAGGAGAAAGUCUAGAAAGGCACACUUUAGUGCCCCCUCGUCCGUCCGCAGAGUUAUAAUGUCGGCACCUCUCUCGAAGGAGUUGAGAGAGAAGCACAACGUCCGUCAUAUCUCCACCCACGGUUUGCCUAUCUAUGAACGCCAGUAUCUGACUUAGGCGAACGGGGCACAGGUCCGCUCGAUCCCCAUCCGCAAAGAUGACGAAGUCGUCAUCACCCGUGGAUCCCUGAAGGGCCGUGAGGGAAAGGUCGUCUCAGUAUACCGUCUCAAAUAUGUCAUACACAUCGAGCGCGUCACCAGGGAGAAAGUCAACGGCCAAUCGGUCCCCGUCGGGAUUCACCCUUCGAAAGUCCAGAUCACCAAAUUGAAGUUGGACAAGGACCGUGAGUCAAUCCUGGAGAGGAAGGGCGGAAAGGCGAAGGAGAGCGAAAAAGGCAAGAACAAGGAGUAA